AUGCAAACAUCGACGACGCUACCAAAUUCGCCCAAGCAUCCACUCCAUCGAUCUGAUCUUCCACAGCUUAAAGAACUAAACCAGUCUGGUUCUAGAUCUAAAAUAACCAGUGUAGCUGGGCAAGGCCCUCCUAGUCAACGUAGAGGCCCAACAUUCUCAUCCAAAUUGAAUCGGCCCGAAACACGUCAUAGACGUACGUGUCAGUUCACCAUUGGUUCACUUUCAGAGUUGGAUCUUAUAAAAGAGACGAAAAUGGCGAGAUAUUGGUCGCGGCAGCUACUACUUUUCGGCCUUAUACUCUUCAUCAGCCUUGUUGCCACUCAGGCAAAGAAAUCAAAAGAAGAUUUGAAGGAAGUGACCCACAAGGUUUAUUUUGAUGUUGAGAUUGCAGGAAAACCAGCUGGGCGUAUUGUUAUGGGUCUCUUUGGAAAAACUGUUCCAAAAACAGCAGAAAAUUUCAGAGCUUUGUGUACAGGGGAGAAAGGUACGGGAAAGAGUGGGAAGCCUCUUCAUUACAAAGGAAGCACAUUCCACAGAAUAAUCCCCAGCUUCAUGCUUCAAGGCGGGGACUUUACUCUUGGUGAUGGAAGAGGUGGGGAAUCAAUUUACGGGGAGAAGUUUGCUGAUGAAAAUUUCAAAAUCAAACAUACUGGACCUGGGCUUUUGUCUAUGGCAAAUGCUGGGCAGGACACUAAUGGUUCACAGUUUUUCAUCACAACUGUUACGACCAGCUGGUUGGAUGGUCGUCAUGUUGUAUUUGGAAAGGUGCUGUCCGGAAUGGAUGUGGUGUAUAAGAUCGAAGCUGAAGGCAACCAAAGUGGAACACCCAAAAGCAAAGUUGUGGUUGCAGACAGCGGUGAACUUCCCCUGUAA